AUGGAUUAAGAAGACCUUUAAUAAAUUGCUUCAGAAAGAAUUGUAGAUUUGACAAAGGCAAUUAGCGGAAUAGAAGGAAAGAGACUUCAAAGUAUUGCUUUUAAAAUAUAUAAUGCAAGAAAAGAGGUUUGGGAGAGAGUGAGAAAUAGAAAAACAGAAACUAACAAAAAAGCUAUACACACUGAAUUACAAAGAAAUUUAGAAGAGUUUUUAGACAAAAAAAAAGAAGAAAAGAAGAUAGACAUAGAAUAAAUAUAAAUUUUUAAAAAUAAAGACUAAUACACAAAACAAGCACCUUAAGUUGAACUCCACAAAAUAGAAGAUAAAAUAGAUAUUAUUAGAGGACUGCCUUAGGAUAUAUGCAAACUAAAAUCAUUGUUUGAGUAAGAUGAAGAUUUAGAUGAUUGA